AUGUGUGGCUUUGGACCUGCAGGGGAUGAGGUAGGAUUUUCUAUUCAAAUGUACCACAAUGGUGAAAUAAGAGGUAACUAUUAUGUGAAUGGGUCUAUGGAUUGGUUUGAUUAUUGUGAUAAGGAUAGAAUGUCAAUGACUGAGAUAGAUGCCAUGGUGAAGGAGUUAGGGCACGAAGGUUUGAUUAAUUACUGGUACAGUAUUCCAGGUGAUAGUUUUGAUGGUGGCCUAGUUAAGCUGAGUGAGGAUACAGAUGUCUUAGACAUGCUAGUAUUUGUGCCAGACACUAGGGUGAUAAAUAUAUUCCUAGAACAUGUGUUGGCAUGCAGUCAAGAGCAGUUUUACAGUCAAGUGGGUUCAAACAUAUUUAUAAAUCUGGAUGAAGAUUUUGGGACCAAUACUGGGGUAGUUUUACAAGAGCUUGAUGACAAUUAUGGUGCCAUUGUUCCAGUGGGUGGGGGAGUUGGUAAUGUGCCAAAGGUGAAAAAAACAAGUGUUGUAAUAGAAGAGUUGAAUGAAGAAGUAGGUGGAGAAGGCAAAGAGUUGAAUGAAGAAGGGCUGAAUGAAGAAAAGUUGAAUGAAGAAGGGCUGAAUGAAGAUGGGUUGAUUGAUGAAGCUUCUAAACAAGGCAAAAAAACUGCCACUGUGAAUAAUGAGGAGAAUUUUGACAAGGGCCAAGAAAAGCCAAGUCAAGGUUGUUCUGAUAAAGGCAAAGGCAAGGAUAAAGAGAUGUCACAUAGGGGGAAGCGUGCAUUUGGUAAAAAAAGAUGCUCUAGUUUGAGGAGGACAAAGAUUGUUCACCAUAAAGACAAAGUUGUGGAAGGAAGGGUUGAUGGUGUCAGGACCGAGGUUCAAAGGCAUUCCAUGAUGUUGAGAAGUGGAAGAAUAAUGGCAAAUGCUGCAGACUUUGAAGAUGAAGAUGAUGAUGCUUGUGAUAGUGAUAGUGAGGACUCAGAUUAUUUGAAUCCCAAAAACUUCAAUGAAGAUGAAGAUCAAGAUGAUGUUUGUUUUGAUGAAUGGGUGGAUGACCAAACUGAAUGGACAGGGGUUAAAGAAACUGGGAAUGAGGCUGCUCCUGAUUGGCCUACAGAUGUUGAAUUGGAUUCUGAAGAUUUUGAGUGCAGGGAUUAUGCCAAGUAUAAUUCUGACAAGGAUUGGCCAGAAUUCAAUGCUGCAACUGACAUGGCAGAUCCAAAGUUUGAGAUUGGGAUGUUGUUUAGUGAUUGUAAGGUGUUUAGGGCAGCUGUCAGAGAAUACUCCAUAUUGCAGAAUAGGGAUGUAGUAUUUAUUAGGAAUGCGGCUUUGAAGCUGAAGGCAGUUUGUGGGGACCCAGAUUGUGGGUGGAUGAUAUAUGCUUCAAAAAUGCAACAUGACAAGACAUUGCAAGUGAAGACAUAUGUAGGUGAGCACACAUGUACACAGGUAUGGGAGAACCCUACUGUGAAGUCAACAUGGAUAAGCAAGAAAUAUGUUGACAGUUUGAAGUCCAAUCCCCAGUGGCCAGUCAGGUCAUUCAAGCAGGCUGUUGAGAAGGAUUAUAAUACAGGGGUGUCAACACAACAAGUGUAUAGGGCAAAACAGAAGGCACUAAAGCUGAUUGAGGGUAGUUUCAAUGAACAAUAUUCAAGAAUUUGGGAUUACUGUGAGGAAUUAAGGAAGAGUAACCCAGGAACCACAGUCGUGGUUAAGUGUGAUUUCCAACAACAGCUGGGGCAACCAAAGUUUCAAAGGUUGUAUGUUUGUUUAGGAGCUGCUAAGGAAGGCUUCAAAGCUGGGUGCAGGCCUAUUAUAGUUGUGGAAUCAGAGUGCAAGGAAUCUUGGAUUUGGUUUCUAGAGCUAUUGGUUAAGGACUGUGAGAUUGUGAAUCAAUUUGGGUUCACCUUUAUAUCCGACAAACAAAAAGGUUUACUGCCUGCUUUUGAGCAAGUGGUCCCUAAUUGUGACCACCGGUUCUGUGCAAGACACCUGUUUUCCAACUAUAGUCUGCUUUUCAAAGCAAAAAGCCUCAGAGACAAGUUUUGGGAAGCAUCAUAUGCAACCACUGUCCCCUACUUUACAAGGGCCAUGGAAGACCUGAAAAAACUGUCAAAUGAUGCAUAUGAAUGGCUAACCAGUCCUGAUAAACCUCCAAGGCAUUGGUCCAAGUCACACUUCAACACUCAUUUGAAGUGUGACAUGUUGUUGAAUAAUCUUUGCGAGUCUUUCAAUGCUACCAUAUUGGAAUGUAGGGAUAGACCAAUUCUGUCAAUGUUUGAGUAUAUUAGAUGUAAGUUAAUGAGGAGAAUACAAGGAAGAAGGGACAAAAUGCUGAAAUGGAACAAGCCUAUCUGCCCAAGGAUAUUUAAGAAGUUGGAGGGAAAUAAAGCCAAGGCAGGUGCUUGUGUGGCAAUGUGGUCAGGUGGAGGUAAAUUCCAAGUGUCAGCUGGUGGCCAUGCACAAUAUAUUGUGGACUUGGAAUUGAGAACUUGUUCUUGUAGAGCUUGGGAUUUGCAGGGAUGCCCUUGUGUUCAUGGUAUUGCAGCCAUAAAUUAUAAAGGGGGUCUUAAUGUCUUGGAUUUUGUGAAUGACUGCUAUUUGAAAACAACUUACUUGAAGACAUAUGAGAAUCUCAUACUGCCUAUGAAUGGGAUGGAUAUGAGGGAUAGGAGUGACUUUCCUCCAUGUCUUCCUCCUUCUUACUCUAAACAGCCUGGAAGGCCAAGAAAAUGUAGACACAAAGAACAUGAAGAGUACAAGGGCAAGAUGAAGAUGAGAGCAUCAAGCAACCAAUCUGAAACUUCAUUGUCUCGCAUUCCCAACACACAGGACUCUCUCAAAUGUGGCCAAUGUGGUAAAAAAGGGCACAAUAAAAGGACUUGCCAUCGGAAUCUUCCCUCAAAAUCCAAACCUGCAACUAAGAGGAAGAGGGGUACUGAAAAUACCCAGACCACUCCAUCUGACACAUCCACUCUAGCUGGUGGUCCAAGCACCCUAAAGCAAAGAUCCAAGCCUCCAAGGCGUGUGCAAAAAGGGAAGCCAAGUAAGAAAGGACAUGCCAUUUCUGCAGCACAACCAGCCUUCCCUUCAUGUCCUCAUGCAUCAACUUCUGUUUCAACUGCAGGAUCAAAUGUUGUGCAUUGA